AUGUCUGAAAGACUCUCGAGACUUCGUGCUCGACGAUUCGACAUAGAACUUGAUGAUGAAUUAAAUAAUCUAGUUGAAAAUCCCGUGGAACAUAAGCCAGUAAGCAAAAAGGUUUUGGAUCUACGCUCCCAUACAACUGGAAUUGUUGGUGCAGUUACUGAAAAGGUCUCGAAUGAUCCAGUAAUAGCUCCGUCGUUUCCUAAUGCUUCUGCUCCUAUUGAUGGGUUUCCACAACCAGUUCAUAGAAAUAAUCAAAGUAUAUUCAGACAAAAAAAACGACAAGCGCGAAUUGAAACAUUAAAUGAAAAUGUAAAGGCGAAAUCUGAGGAGCCUAAACCUAAUAUUAAUCCCGAAAUCCCUGAAAGUGAUUAUAUGGAAAUUGACCAGGAAACUACUCAGUAUAUUGAAAAUAUGACUGACGCUGAAAUAACUGAAGCUAGAGAAAUGUUAUUAAAAUCUCUGAAACCAGGGUUCACUGAAAAGUUAAUGAAAGGGAAAACUUUAGCUCAAAGGUUAAAUGAGACAUCAAGUUAUCAACCUUUAAAUCGUCAAGAUCAAAGUCCUAAAACAUUAGAAAAUGAAGAAUCAAU